UCUUUAAAGGCGUUCCCCGAAGCACGUGACUCCUCUCCGCCCGAGCGCCGCCGUGCCGCCAUCAUGGAUACCAGCCGUGUGCAGCCUAUCAAGCUGGCCAGGGUCACCAAAGUGCUGGGCAGGACCGGCUCGCAGGGACAGUGCACGCAGGUGCGCGUGGAAUUCAUGGACGACACGAGCCGCUCCAUCAUCCGCAACGUGAAAGGGCCGGUGCGCGAGGGCGACGUGCUCACCCUGUUGGAGUCCGAGCGAGAGGCUCGGAGGCUGCGCUGAGCUUGGCUGCCGGUGGGGUCCUGGAUGUUGGGGUCGACACUCGGGGAUGGUCAUGGUCUGCGACUGUUAAAUAAAGCGUUUGUGUGGUAUGUCA